AGGUCCCUUCCAACCCUGGCCAUUCUGUGUGCUGGUAGGGAAGCUUGAGGCUGCUGCUGCUUCUUGAUAGUGGUUUCCUUGCACCAGUUGAAAUUAGCCUGGAAAUUAAGCUUCUGAGGUGGCACCUACAUAACGUGCUUAUUCCUGGCAUUUGUAUUUUCAGCAGUAGGAGAGUGAGUAAAAUAAGUGAAUAAAAAAGAGAAAAAAAAACCUGAGCAUUCUGUAGCUUUCUGAAAAGCAGAUGAGUGAAUGGGAGGAAGCAGCAUUAAAGGAAUGAAGCUUAAACAGCACUAACGUCUGUAAGUCUGUGUCAGUAAGGAGGAUGUUGUUCCUAAAAGCAUGAGCUUGGCCAGUGUCUUUUUUGUACUCCUCUGAAUUAUCCCCAUUGACCUGUUGUCAUUACACCUCUGGUUCAGUGUUCAGCGGUUUUGUGGUUGCUGUUGGAUUCCCACUAAUAUGUAUUUGCUUACAUAUUUGCUUCUGAUACUUUUUAAACUGAAGCCUCUGGCAGGCUUUUCAUUAGGUGAGCCUUAAGAUAGGCUUUUAUUUAACAAAAAAGAAAAAGACACUCCGUCAAGUUUGUAAUAGGUGUUAUUUUGGGGUGUUGUUAUUUUUGUUAUGCAAGGACCACUGGACAUUGUUAAGUGCAGCUGUGAGCAAAAAGUCAUUUCUCCCUAAUUUGCCCACAAAUGUGUUAGGUUUGCCACCCUAGCACACAAUCAGAAUUCAUGUGGAUGUGAACCCAUGUAGUCAGGUACAGUUUUGAAGCUGACCCUGUCUCUGAGAGGAGGAUGGGGCUAAGAAUCUACCCGAAUCCCUUCCAGUCUUGUUUUUCUAUUUUUCUUUUGCAUAUUGCAUUCCCUACAGAAACCCAGCAGGCUUCUUUAGGCAAUGGAAUAACCAAGUCUGUGUAAUAGAAAUCACAGAAUCUCUGGUGCGUAAUCCCUCAGGUGAGGCCUGCUGAAUAAGACCCAGGACACGAUAUGCUGGCUUUUUAACAGCAUUCUUCAGCUGACAUAAGUAUAAGGAUGGAUUUUUCUCCAGGUGCUGUGGUUUAAAAUAUUAGUUUAGCAUGCAGUGACAAGCUUACCUGAAAGCCACUGACCUGAGUUGGUGUCCCGAGGAGGUUGUUACCUUGUUUUCUGCAGCUAAUACUUAAUAUUCUUAUUUCUGACUUCAAAUGCCCCGUCUGUUGCUAUUGACUUGAAAUGCCUGCAGGAUGUACUUGUUUUUCACCUGAAAGAUUGUAGUGGUUUCUCUGCUGCUAGUAGAUACUGUUUAGGAAUUGUAGACAGCAAACUGAGAUGUAGAGGUCAUUGGAGCUCAGGAAGGGAAAGAGUGAUGACCAAUAUUAGACACUGGGAACCUCUGAUGGGUAAUUUGAAAGCCAGGGAAUGUGGUGGUGUGGGGGGUUGUUUUUUUGUUGCUUUGUUUUUUUUGUCAUACAUGAGACCUAAGCAUAUUCCUCAGUUUUGUCUUCUGCAGGUUGUAGAAUAAUGUUGAUAUAGUUGGUAUCUGCUGUACCUCAUUUACCUGGAGAUUUUCUUGUUUCAAUUUGAUCCUGAGUGUAUUUCCUGAAAGAGAUGAAGAAAGGACCAGGAAGUGGUGCUUGUCCCAGUGCUGGAGUUCCAGACGAGAUAACAGAGCCAAACUCAGAUGGCAGUAGGAGCAACGGAGACUCAGCAAAAAAGGAAGAUGUGCUUCCCUUUCCUGGAGAACUGGAAAAUAUACCGCUGAAACCCAGCAGCGAAACACACAGAAAAAAACUCUGUGGCUAUUUAAACAAGCUAGGCAUUAGGGGUCCAAUCAAGACCUGGAAGUCUCGGUGGUUCAUUUAUGAUGAAAAUAAAUGCCACUUACUAUACUACAGGACUGCACAGGACAUCAACCCUUUGGGCUCUGUUGAUCUCUCCAGUGCUAGCUUUGACUGCAAAGUAGAAAGUGAUGAAGGGGUUUUUGAGAUCAGAACACCAAACAGAGUUUUUACUUUAAAGGCAAUCAGCAAACAGGCAAUGAUGUACUGGCUGCAGCAGCUACAAGUGAGACGUUGGGAAUUUUGCAGUGCUCAGAGCAGAUUUCCUGUGGGCAGCUCCCAGCUUGUAAAUGAACCUCUAGUUGGCAGAAUAAAUGUUGCUGAUGAUGAGGGCUUUCUGCCUCCAGUCAAAACGCCAACAGAAGUGGUGGGUUUACAGGCAGCCUCUUUGCCUGCUCCCCAAACAGCUACAACUUUGCAGAACAUCUCCCUUAAGCACCCUUGGACGGAGAUACAAAACACUGUCUACAAUAUCUGUGGCUCCAAGCAACUCUGGGGGAAUGAUGGGAAUGUUUUUAACUUCAGUAAAUUCCAGGAGCACCCUGAACAAGAGGCAGAAGUGGAAGCACAGUGUACAGUGAAGGAGACCCCAGAGGAUGGGAAGAUGGAGUCUAAGUUGAACUUGUUUAGGAAAGCCAAGUGGGUGAACAGUAGCUUAACAGAAGAGCAACCCCGGGAGAGGAACUCAAUGGAUAAAGUGAACGUCCUACAGCAACAGAUGCUGACACUCACAGAGGAGGUCAAGUCACAGAAGGAGUUGGUUAAGCUUCUCCACAAAGCCCUGGAGGCAGCCCAGCAGGAGAAGCGAGUAUCUAGCAUGUAUCUCACUGCAGCAGAAGAUAAGGACAGGCUGGAGUUAGUGCGCCACAAAGUAAGACAAAUUGCAGAUCUCACCAGUCGACUGGAAGCUCUUGAGCAGGAAAAGAAGGAACUUGAGCAGACGCUUGCUCUGAGAGACAGCCAUAUCCAGGAACUCAAAGAGCAUGUGCAGCUUCUGAUGGAGAAGAAUCAUGCCAAACAGCAAGUCAUCGUGGCCUUGACAGAGCAGAGGACCCAAGAACACUCUGAUCCCCUGCAAGAAGCAAAUGCUAUCACUGCAGAGACACUGUAUAAACAACAGGAGGAGAUUGAGCACCUGAAGGAUGAUAUUGAUGCAUACAAAACCCAGAACCAAUUUCUCAAUUCGGAGAUCCACCAGGUUACUCGACUCUGGACAAGAGUUGCUGAGAAUGAAAAAACCCUUCUGAUGAAGUGCGCCUAUCUGCAAGCCCAGAACUGCCAGAUGGAGAGCAAAUACCUGAUGGUCUUGCGGAAGCUGCAGGAGACUCUCUGUGGCCUGCCCAGCUCACAUGCUGAUUUGGUGAGGAACCUCAUCCAGGAAGCACUCCAGUGGGAUGUGAAGGAAGGAGCAGAUCUGAACCUGAACCCUGUGAGUGAGUACGACGAGUACGGGUUUAUGACUGUACCUGACUACGAAGUUGAGGACUGGAAACUUCUGGCCAAAAUUCAAGCCCUGGAGAUGAAGUCCAACAACCUGCGGAGCCAGGAGGUAGUGGAGAAGCCCCUUCGUGACAGGUGGAAUAGCAUUGGAGAGCUGAGUCCCUCUGCAGAGCUGAAAAGCCUUAUAAGAAGUGGCAUUCCUGUGGAGCAUCGGCAGCGGGUCUGGAAGUGGAUUGUCAGCCAGCACUGCAGCUAUCUGCCUGACCACUACCAGGGCCUGUUAAGACAGAGCAAGAGCACUGAGCACCCUGCCUGUCGGCAGAUUGAGCUUGACCUGCCCCGGACACUGACCAGCAACAAACAUUUUUCAUCUCCCACUUCCCAUCUCAUCCCCCAGCUCCGAAGGGUGCUUCUGGCAUUCUCCUGGCACAAUCCUGCCAUUGGAUACUGCCAGGGACUGAACAGAUUGGCAGCUGUUGCCCUGUUGGUCCUGGAAGAUGAGGAAAAUGCUUUCUGGUGUUUGGUCCACAUUGUGGAGAACCUAAUGCCAGCAGACUACUACAGUGACACUCUGAUAACAUCACAGGUAGAUCAGAGAGUCUUCAAAGACUUCCUGGCAGAGAAGCUGCCUCGCCUCAUGGCUCAUUUUGAGCAGUAUCAAAUUGAUGUCUCACUCAUCACCUUCAACUGGUUUCUGGUGGCCUUUGUGGACAGCUUGGUCAGUGACAUCCUCCUGCGAGUGUGGGAUGCUUUCUUGUAUGAAGGAACUAAGGUGAUUUUCCGCUAUGCUCUUGCAAUUUUUAAAUACAACGAGGAGGAAAUCCUAAGAAUUCAUGACAGUGUGGAGAUCUACCAGUACCUACGUUUUUUCACAAGGAUGAUUGUGGAUGGCAGGAAGCUGAUGAACAUUGCCUUCAAUGACUUAAACCCCUUCCCCAUGAAACUGCUGAGGAAUCGGAGGAGAAUUCACAGGGCAGAGCUGGAGACAGAGCUGUGCGAGCUGGAACAGAUCAAAGCAGCCUACGUAAAAGGGAGAGCAGAGCAGGGAUCUCAAGGCUUGGAGGAAAUCGUUAGUGAGGAGGAAGAAGAGAUAUAGCAAAGACGGAGCUCAUCACUCCUCUUUCACCUUGUGGAAGGUCUAACAGCUAUCUGUACUUGACAGAGAGAGAACAGAUGCUUGUGAGGAGUUCAUCUGCCCCUGGAAACAAGGCUGUAGAUGUAGGACUAUAUGGGGAUUUAGCCAGGCUUUGUGAUAGAUCGGAAGGUGUCAUAGGAAUUUUACCCAUCCUACCCACCCUGUGCUGUGCAACUGAGGGAUGCAGCUGUAGGAUCUGUAGUAAAUAAUGGUUGUGGUACCACAGCAUGAUGCAAAUGAUCCAACCAGGCAGGGCAUUUCUUAAAGAGGCUUGAAAGAGAUUUUUCUGUGCAUGUAAAAUUACAAAUAAAUAAAUAAACAAAGAGCAUUUCCUCA